AUGCCACCAUCGUCGGAGUACAUUUGCGAGCGUUGCCCGCUGGCUAAUGGUCGGAAUCACCGCUUCCCGAAACUGCAACGCCUGGCGCAUCAGGCCGCCAUUGUGCGUUCACUAGAGCAGUCAUCUCCGGCGACCGUGCCAUCGGCAGAUCGCCAUCAACCUCCAUCGCCUGUGCUUGACAAUGAAUUGAGCGAGGAGAUCAGCGGACUAUCCAUUCCCGAAGCUCAGUCAGACGCCCCACAGGAUCCUGUCGACAUGGAACUGCAAAGGCUAGCCAGCCUCUUCACUGGGCUUGUCUUGCUGGACGACGGUGCUCAUCCCCAUCGUCAAACGCACUCCAAGCUCUUCAGCUCUCGGGAUGAAUAUCAAACCGAUGUACCUGAAGUGCCGACCGCGUUCACGCCGAUCCCACCCAGUGAGGCUCUCGUCGGCGUGCAAGCAAUUCUGCAGGGCCAAUCGUCUCCUCUGCGACCGACAGUCGUCGACACCCAGAAAGUCAAUUCGAAACUCCUGCAGGAUAUGCUCUCGCGAAUUCGUGCAUCCAGCAAUGAACUCGGUAUCCAGAGGGCUCUCGAUUCGGAUGCCCAAACGGUCGGUGCCUUGACGAUUGCUGUCAACACCGCGAGCUCUGUCGUCAUUGAGGCAGGCCGUCUCCUCUCUAGCGUCAAUUCAGCUGGAGACCAAAACCCUCGCAACUCGAAGAGGCAUGCUCGUGCAUCGCAUGCGAACACGGAUGUUUUGGCGAAACAAGUGCAGGACGAGGCGAUGGCUCUCGACUCUCUCGUCGAUGUCAUAGGUUGUCUUCUUCCUCCAGAUACGAGCAAAGUGGAGUACGACACUGCGCAUCAUUUUGACAAUCCUAUCGCUAAAUUCAGUGUUGUGGCCCAACUCUCCAUCCUCCUGGCCCUUAUCUGCCACGUCGUCGUAGGAAUCAGCAAUGACCCAGUCAAUCUCAUCAUCACAUUUGUGAAUACCAUCGUUCGAGCGACCAUGUCACUCUCCUCGCGUAGCGGUCAAGCGAAUGCGACCCAGGAGCACGUUCUGAACGAACUGCCCACCUCCCUCGAGACUGCUCUCCGCAGGUUCAAGAUUGACCCUGCGACGAUUGUUUAUGCGAUGUGCCCAAGUUGCCAUCACACACACGCAGCGAAGAAGGACCGUCUCAGUGCGGAAGCUUUUUAUCCGGAGCAUUGCCAAGGAUACAUUUAUCCCCAGCGAGGAACCCGCCAUGUCUGUGGGACUUCCAUUCUGGCACUGGGGCAUGGGAAGAUGCGUCCAAUCAAACCGUUUGUCUUCAGCUCGUUUGUCGACUACAUUGCUGCCACUCUAUCUGAUCCUGAACUGGAGCGAAUGUGCGAGAAAGCAUGCGACGAUGCCCUUGCUGCGGUGCGCACAGCCAUGUCCAAAAAUCCAGACGGACCUCUAGCAGAAGAACAAGUGAACAACGUUUUCGAAGCCGCAUUCCUUCGAAGUUUUCCAGGACCUGUACCUGGCAAGCUCUUCAUACAACGGGAGGGUCGUCUCCGUCUCGCAUUCCAGGCCAUGCUGGACUUCCUAAACCCCAAUGGAACGCGCAAACGCGGUAAUCACGACUCCAUCGGGAUCCUUGCCGUCGUCAACCUCAAUCUCUCCGAGGAUAUUCGUUAUCGCCCUGAGAAUAUGUGGCUUAGCAUUAUCCUUGGUCCCAACGAGCCUAAUCACGAUCAAAUCGACAACUACCUUCGUCCACUCAUUGACCAGUUUGUCAUUGGCUGGGAGCGAGGCUUUCGUCUUUCCCGCACAGCGCUUCACGCCACCGGUCGUGAUGUGGAUAUCGCGAUGGUCAUCAAUGUCAACGACCUACCUGCUACUCGGAAGGCUCAAGGUAUGGCGGCCGCCAACUCGAAUCACUUCUGUUCCAUGUGCGAUCGUUUCGGGAUCCACUGUAUGUACGACACGGACUUUUCCACGUGGACGCGCCGCAAUAUCUCCGUCCUCCGUGCUCAAUCUCAUGCAUGGCGAGACGCACCGACGCAAUCUGCCCGAGACGCAAUCUUUUCGGAGUACGGUGUGCGCUGGUCUGAAUUCUGGAGACUUCCUUACUGGGAUCCGACUCGCAUGGCAGUUGUCGACUCCAUGCACUGCAUCUUGGAGGGACUGGUUCAUUACCACUGUCGUAGAGUACUCCGAAUCGAUACUAAAGUUGCCAAACGCAAAGAAACCAUGGGCGCCGCAUUCGAACACAACUGGCCGGACUACGACGCUACAAUCUGUCAUCCACUGUGUGUAUUGAAGAAAGAAGCGAAAGAACUACCGAUGAUCCGUACCAUUCAGCAACGGCUUGUGCAGCCGUUACUUGUGGAAGACGCCGGCGAGGACAGCGAUGAGGCGGAACAAGAUGAAGAUGUGGACAUGGACGACACUUCUGAUCCGCGAUUUGUUCCUGCGGUCACUGAAGAGGAGAUGCGUGAGCAACUAAUGAGGCUCAAUCUCCAGCCCCUUCGCUGGGUAGUUCAUUCUCUCGGUCUCAACACGGAACCAGCUCGUAUCUCAUCCAAGAAGCUGUGUUGUGAACAGCUACUGGCUUGGCCCCUCACCAAUAGCACAUAUGUACCACGCGCCAUCAAUCUGGCCAAUAUCCAUUUCAUCCAGCGUGUGAUUGGAAAGACCACGACGCCAGCCUGGGUAGAUUCUGUUCCGUCCAAUUACGGUGAUAGCAAUGCGGGCACCAUCAAGGCAGCCGAGUGGCGUAUCCUCUCGACUAUCUACCUUCCCAUUGCCCUCGUUCUCCUUUGGGGUGACAAUCCUCUGGACUCACAAUCACCUCCAGACCCGCAACACACACGUCUGAUACAAAUGCUCGACCAUACGAUGGCAUUGUUCAGUGCAGUCAUUCUCGUCUGUCGGUACACUAUGACACGCUCGCGCGCAACCAAAUAUCGGGCUUUUCUGAAGCAUUGGGUCGACACUCUCUACGAAAAUCAUCCGCACACCCGAUCCCAUCCCUUGCGACCAAACGUUCAUAUGGCAUUCCACUUGUACGACUUCCUCUUACUCUUUGGUCCCGUCAUUUCCUGGUGGUCCUUUCCAUUUGAAGGUGUAAUCGGGCUUCUUCAGAGGAUCAAUACCAAUAAUCAUAUCGGUGGAGAACUUGAAGCCACGUUAUCACGAUCCUUCCUGCGCGGAGCAAGCAUCCGUCGCUGGUUGCGUCGAGAUGACUGUCCACCAGUCUUCCAUGAGCUGAAAGCCCUCUUCGAGAAAACCUUCCCAUCUUACAAUACGCCUUUGGACUCUGCUCCCCUCGCCAACGAUGGUGAACGUGCGCAUUACAAACGAAACGGCAUCAACUUCUCUCGUGCCAAAACACACUUAGGAAACAGCCUUGUUCUCUACUAUCCCCACAACUCGAGACACGCCAUUGCUGGGAGCAUUGAAGUGAUCUCUAUGCGUGGUGAAGAUGUCACGUUCAGGAUUCGACGACAAGCACCAUUGGCUCCUGGUAUCCAUGAUCCAUUCGCUCGCUAUUGGCCGUACUUCCCUGCACGCACGUAUUCUUCUUCAAUGAGCGAUACAGUAGACUUGAUCCCCCUUCACAAUGUUAUAUCUCACUAUGCGCGUUUCAAUUUCUCUGAUGGUCGAUGCGUUGUCCUUGAUCUAGCCACUAGUUAG